AUGGCGCCAAAGCGAGCAAGACACGAGAGACCAGCACCUGUGCGGGUGCCUGGAACAGCAGGGACCACACACGACUCUUCUUCGAGCAGUUGGACCGGCAGCGAUCCACGCUCAUUCUCUGAUCCAUCAUCCGACAAUACUAGUAUUCAGUCCUUUGGGCAAGUGCGCUGCUGGGAGAAGACCCCUGAAGUGCCAUACAGGGUGGAUCCCGCCACUGUCUGGGGGCGCGAACACGAGAUUCCUAUCAAGCGUGCUCGCAACGACUCGCCAGUGUACAAGACUACUAGUCAAUCAUCGUAUAUGAGAACACCAUUGUCGGAUCUAUAUUCCCCUCCUUUUUAUUGGAAUCUGCCCCAGUCCAACGUCCAGCUGACCUUCGGCGUCGAACUGGAGCACGUCUUCGCAUACUCAAUGGUACCAAGAGAAGGGUAUGAAUUCAUGUUCAAUGAAGACGAAGAUAAUCUUCUGAAUAAGUAUUGGAAUGAGACGCAUAACGGAGUCUGGGCCGAACGCGUCGAUGAGGGUUCAGCGAACAGAGAACGAAUCCAUGCAGCUUCCAAAGACGUCCACCAGCGCAUCCUCAAACACAAGGGUCUUGGUUGCAGUCAACAGCACAAGCCCACAGAUUGCUCUGGCUGGACACUUACCGAUGACGGGUCCGUUGGCACAGAAUCCGACACGAAAAAGUGGCCAAGCUUGCUUCCAGGAAAAAUCAAGGAGAACGAGGAAAUAGAGUGGACAAUGAGCUCUCACGAACUGGUAUCUCGAGUCCUGGAUGUUCCCCUCGUAUAUUCUUUAUUCCCUGGAUUCAAGUUGGGCGCAGGCUUGCAGGAGAUCGAGAAGUACAUCACUGCCACGGUCGGACAGCCGUCGGAUCCCUGGGGAGCUUUCACCAAUCCCACAUGUGGUCUACACGUGCAUGUAGCACACAAGCCUGAAAAGGGUGACGACGUGGGCUUACCACUGCCAAUACUGCAACAUCUCUGUUACAUCAUCGUCCAAUUCGAGGGUAUCAUCUCAAGUCUGCAUCCGGUGGGAAGACGGAGCACAACAAAGAGCAGUGACGAGAGCGGACGUUACAUCAAGACAAAUCUGGAGGGCUUCCACAGUUCACCUCAUAUCUGCCAACGCAUCCCGAACACAGAGUCGGCCGAGAAAAAGAUUUUUACCAAAGACAUGACAGCUGCUAGAUUGGCAGAACUCAUGUCAGUAACUUAUAGCUCCUGGCCCUUUGAUUCUCACCACGCCGAGAGAUUCAAAUUCGUCAAUUUCCAGAGGCUCACCUUCGACUGGGGUAUACCUCACACCGUCGAAUUCCGUCAACAUGCUGGUUCACUCGAUUUCGACACGAUUGCGCAUUGGAUACAUUUCAUAGUCAGCCUGGUCAGAGCGGCAGAACGCCAGGCACAUCGGAGCCAGCCAGCGACACCCGGCAGCCCCAAGACACCCAACUCGUUAGCCAAGCAGUUGGAGAUAAACUUGAGAUUGCCUUUCCCUCGCAGACAGGGAAACAAAUACAAGAUUCGUUGCGCCAGACUCGCAGACGAGCUCGAUCGACUAUUCGGUCUCCUCGACUUCGACAGAGAGACCCGGAGGUAUUGGCAUAACCGCUUUGUCGAGUUUAACCCCAACGAAGUCGUGUCUCUCGAUCCCACCGAUUAUGGAGUCAAUAGAGGCUCCAUGUACUCUCAGGAAGAGUGUCCAGGUUGUCAGGCGGAAACCCGUUACAACCAAGAUUCGACACAGUAUGGAAUGAAUGAAUGGGGCGAAUCGCCAGCUCCUCACAAAAAAUGGCCGAAAAGCAAUCUUUUCAACCACGACAAAGACAACUCAUUUUGGUGA